AUGACCUCCAGAUCUGUCAACCCUCGCGGCAGGCUGAUGAAGGCGGGCGUGAUCUCCAGAUCUAUGGAGAAGCGGCUGUCCAAGGUCUCCGCCUACGCAGAGGCGGCCGGCUACGCGGCCAACAUCGCCGUCAAUUUGCACCGCAUCAGGGUUAUGCAGCUGCAGGAGCUGCUGCUGCGGGCGCGAUUGCUCAAAGCGGCAAAGGACGGCGAGGCAGAUCCCGAGAUCGUCAAGCAGAUCUCAGACCUGCGGACUGCACGCGUGCUGAGGGCGGCCUUCGUAGUCCAGGACAUGGCGGACGGACUGCUGGCGCUCGCUGACAUCACCGAUCACAGGUACCAGCAAGUGAGCCACCCGGUGGUGCUGGCCCUGGCCGGGCUGGUCUCGGCAGCCGUGAGCACAUACAAGAAUUGGGGCAGCUGA